AUAAGCAGAGCCAACAAGAUCAAAAGAACAGAUAAGGUCCCCUCUCCACUACAUACACAAGAUCAACAACCAAUAGCCACACUCUUCGGCUCUUGUUUCAAGUUUCUUAAGUGGCUACUAAAAUGGCGUCUCUGCAACAUUCGCUCUCAAUUCAUCACCGCUCGUUGUCUCUCAAUGCUCUUCCUCAUGCUCAGUCUGGACUACAAAAGCAUGGAGUUUUGCCUGUCUGUAGAAGAGGCUUUUCAUUUCUUGUUCGGGCUGAACAUGCAUCUUUGGCUUCUUCUUCCAUUCCUCAAGAUAAAUGUGGGAGACGCCAAAUAAUUGCUGUUGGAGUCAUUGCUUCUUGGGUUUCUCUUGUUAACCAAACCCUGGAAUCAUUUGCUGCAGAAAGUAAAAAGGGAUUUCUAUCGGUCACAGAUAAUAAGGAUGGAUACUCAUUUCUCUAUCCAUUUGGAUGGCAGGAAGUACUUGUUGAAGGUCAAGACAAGGUAUUCAAAGAUGUUAUUGAACCACUGGAAAGUGUCAGUGUUAAUAUGAUUCCAACUGGCAAACUGGAUAUUCGAGAUUUUGGGUCCCCCCAAGAGGUUGCACAAAUUUUAAUCAAAAAGUUUUUGGCCCCUCCAAACCAGAGAACAAAGAUAGUUAUGGCUUCAGAGCUAUACAAAAUAAUUUUUGGCUGGCGGUGUAUGCCACAGAAUGAUGUUGAUGGAAAAGCUUAUUACACAUUUGAGUUCGUAGCUCAGGCUCCCAACUACACCCGUCAUGCUCUUGGUGCUGCCUCUGUUGGCAAUGGUAAGUUCUACACCUUGACAACAGGGGCCAAUGAGAGAAGGUGGGACAAGAUGAAAGAUAGAUUGCAAACAGUGGUGGAAUCCUUUAAAGUUUUCAACGUUUGAUGUGGUUAUUCUAAAUUUACUUCUCAGACCAGGGAUAUAUCACCUCUGAACUACAUGCACCAUUGUGCAGUUUCCAUGGUAAUGAGGCCUGAUUGUUUUGUUUUAUAGCCGUUGUUCCCUCGUCAGAAAACACCAAGAGCAUUACUUGCAGAGUGUUAAUCGUUGUCUCAUACAAGGCCUUCCAGUGCCAAAGCACCAAUUUUUUCACUUUCUUUGUGCUUGCAUUAAUAAGUUUUUCCUCCUGUACUGUUAUGAAAAGACCGCAUUCAAAAUUUUUACACAAAUUUGUACUACA